AUUGUGUGAAAGAGAAAGACUUGUUUUCUUUCUUACUUGGUCUGGUAAUUUCAGGUCAUAAACACAGGAAAACAAAAACUGUCUUUCUUUUAUUGAGAUUUCUGCAGCUGACACACGAAAUAUUUUGUACACACAAAGUAUACUUCUGUAUUUUUCCCUUCUCAACCAUGGAACGAUGGAUUAAACGAACAGCUCUAGUUACUGGUGCUUCCACUGGCAUUGGUGCAGCCAUCUGUAGGAAUUUGGUGAAGAGUGGUAUGAAUGUUGUUGGAUGUGCAAGAAAUGUGCAGCAUAUUGAGGAAAUCUCUGAUGAACUGAAAGGUGAAGCAGGUUCCUUGUUGGCUGUGAAAUGUGACCUCAACAAUGAGUCUGACAUCCUGUCCAUGUUUGGGACCAUCAAAUCCCAUUAUGGAGGAGUGGAUGUGUGCAUCAACAAUGCAGGACUGGCCCACGCCGAGCCAUUGCUUACUGGGGACACUAACAAAUGGCGGGAGAUGUUCAAUGUGAAUGUAUUGGCUCCCAGCAUCUGCACAAGAGAAGCCGUUAAGUCAAUGCAGGAACAUGAGAUCAACGAUGGUCAUGUGAUCUACAUUAACAGCUUAUCAGGCCAUAGAGUGAUUGACUUACCAGAAGUGCACUUCUUUUCUGCAACCAAAUUUGCCAUCACUUCACUAGUAACGGGGCUUAGGAAUGAACUGCGCCGUCUCAAGUCUGAUAUCAAAGUUACAGCCAUAUCCCCUGGUAUUGUGGAGUCAGAGUUUCAAUACCGCCUCUAUCCUGAUAAACAUGAUUUGGUCACAUACAUGUUUAAGAAAAUCAAGGUUCUUGAACCGCAGGAUAUCGCAGAUGCUGUUGUCUUCACCCUACAGACACCCAAGCAUUGUGAGGUCAAUGAUAUCUUAUUGAAGUCAACUGAACAACGGCCCAAAAUUUCCUGUGAUUUAACACUCGUAAAUCUAAAUGAAAAUCAUAGUCUCAGACAACAAGCUGCAGAAAAUCAGCUUUCGAAUGUGAAAGAAAUUUGUCACACCCGGGAAUCGAAACCAGGUCAGCGAAUCAGUCAACAACAACAACACAAGCUUUUCACAAUGGACAAAUGGGUUAAACGGACAGCCUUGGUUACUGGGGCUUCGUGUGGCAUUGGUGCCACUAUAUGCAGGAAGUUGGUGAAAUCUGGCAUGAAUGUUGUUGGUUGUGCAAGAAAUGUGCAGCGCAUCCAAGAAAUCUCUGAUGAACUGAAAGGUGAAGCAGGUUCCUUGUUGGCUGUGAAAUGUGACCUCAACAAUGAGUCGGACAUCCUGUCUAUGUUUGGCACCAUCAAGGCCCAUUAUGGAGGAGUGGAUGUGUGCAUCAACAAUGCAGGACUGGCCCACGCCGAGCCAUUGCUUACUGGGGACACUAACAAAUGGCGGGAGAUGUUCAGUGUGAAUGUCUUGGCUCUUAGCAUCUGUACAAGAGAAUCUUUUAAAUCCAUGGAGGAACGAAAUGUGACUGACGGUCAUUUCAUCCACAUAAAUAGUAUGUCUGGACACAGAGUGGUCGACUCACCAGAUGUUCACUUCUACAGUGCAACUAAAUUUGCAGUGACUUCACUGACCAAAGGACUCAGGAAUGAGCUGCGAAGACUCAAAUCUGAUAUCAGAGUCACGUCCAUCAGUCCUGGUUUAGUGGACACAGAAUUUGUCCCUCGUCUUUUUCCAGACAGAAAAGAAGUUCCAAACAGAGAUUUUAAGAUUCUUGAAUCUGGUGAUGUCGCUGAUGCAGUCCUGUUUGCACUUCAGGUACCCAAACACUGUGAGAUUAAUGAAAUUAUGAUGAGACCAACUAAACAGGGCUACUGAAAAACUAAAUAAUAAAAGCAAAAAGAACAGAUAGUCCAUUCUCCCCCUGACAAGGACACAAGAGAGUGUUUGAUCACAUAUGGACCUUGAUCUCUGCUUCAGAGCAACCAUUUUUUUAAAGACAGUGCUCCAGUAUGACUACAAUGAGCGAAACAAAUAAAAAUUAAAGAUAUCUUGCCUCUUGUCA